GACGUUGACGGGCCACAACGGCACAUCAGACUAAGAUGGCUGCGCCCUGCAGACCCUGAUAUUCUUUCUUGUCUCCCAAGUUUUUGCGCCUCGCUCGUGUUGGGAUCAGAGUCGCACAGACUCAGACUUUCUUCCAGUAUGUUCUCCCUCCAAAGCUGUGGUCGCCGGGUCGCAGGUUCUCUCACCAAACGGCACCUUUUGUUGGCCCGGUUCAGCGGUGAGAGCGGGGCUCCCAGAUCUCCGCACUUCGAUGUAGUAGUCAUCGGCGGAGGACAUGCUGGGACCGAAGCAGCCGCCGCCGCCGCUCGGUGCGGCUCCCGGACUCUGCUACUCACGCAUCGCGUGGACACAAUCGGUCAGAUGUCCUGUAAUCCUUCCUUCGGGGGCAUCGGAAAGGGGCAUUUAAUGAGGGAAGUGGAUGCCUUGGAUGGCCUGUGUUCUCGCAUUUGUGACCAGUCUGGUGUACAUUACAAAGUAUUAAACCAGCGAAAGGGACCGGCUGUGCGGGGUCUAAGAGCUCAAAUUGAUAGGAAACUCUAUAAACAGAACAUGCAGAAAGAAAUCCUGAAUACACCACUGCUUACUGUUCAGGAGGGAGCUGUAGAAGAUCUUAUUCUUACCGAACCAGAGCCUGAACACACUGGGAAAUGCCGUGCUAGUGGUGUUGUUUUGGUGGAUGGAAGCACAAUAUAUGCAGAGAGUGUGAUUCUGACUACUGGCACAUUUCUGAGAGGCAUGGUCAUAAUUGGAUUGGAGAUGAAUCCAGCCGGACGUUUAGGGGAUCAGCCUUCGAUAGGGCUGGCUCAGACUCUGGAGAAGUUGGGGUUUGUGGUGGGGAGGUUGAAGACUGGGACUCCACCCCGAAUUGCCAAAGAUUCCAUUAAUUUCAGCAUUCUCAACAAGCACAUGCCAGAUAAUCCACCUAUACCAUUCAGCUUUGUCAAUGAGACAGUAUGGAUUAAGCCAGAAGACCAGCUGCCAUGUUACUUGACUCACACCAGCCCUAGAGUGGAUGAGAUUGUCCUUGAGAACCUUCACCUUAAUAGUCAUGUUAAGGAAACUACAAGAGGACCCCGAUACUGUCCCUCCAUUGAAUCAAAGGUUUUACGUUUUCCAAAUCGUGUGCAUCAGGUUUGGCUGGAGCCUGAAGGAAUGGAUUCUGACCUUAUCUACCCUCAAGGGUUAUCUGUAACACUACCAGCAGAGUUACAGGAGAAAAUGAUCACAUGUAUCAGAGGCUUGGAGAAAGCUAAGAUGAUUCAGCCAGGGUAUGGUGUUCAGUAUGAUUACUUAGACCCCCGUCAGAUCACUCCUUCCCUCGAGACUCGUUUGGUUCAACGGCUCUUCUUUGCCGGACAGAUAAAUGGCACCACUGGUUAUGAGGAAGCUGCAGCUCAAGGUGUGAUAGCUGGAAUCAACGCCAGUCACCGGGUCAGUCGCAAGCCACCUUUUGUCAUUAGCCGAACAGAAGGCUACAUAGGCGUCUUGAUUGAUGACCUUACCACACUGGGCACCAACGAACCGUACCGCAUGUUUACCAGCCGAGUGGAGUUCCGUUUGUCUUUGCGCCCUGAUAACGCUGACAGCAGGCUCACCUUCCGAGGAUAUAAGGAAGCUGGCUGUGUGUCCCAACAGCGAUAUGAAAGGGCUUCUUGGAUGAAAUCUACUUUAGAAGAAGGUAUCUCUGUGCUGAAAUCCAUUGAGUUUUCACAUGCUAAAUGGAAAAAGUUAAUCCCAGAGGCUUCUAUAAGUAUUGUUAAAAGUCUGCCUAUCAGUGCUCUAGAUGUUUUGAAAUAUGAGGAAGUUGACAUGAAGUUAUUAGCCAAGGCUGUUCCAGAGCCCUUGAAGAAGUACACUGAAUGUAGAGAGCUAGCUGAAAGACUGAAAAUAGAAGCCACUUAUGAAUCAGCAGCGUUCCGUCAGCAACAGGAAAUAGAGGAAGUUCAGCGAGAUGAAGCUCUCCAGCUGCCAAAAGACUUAGAUUAUUUGACUCUCAGGGAUGUAUCUUUGUCCCAGGAAGCUCGAGAGAAACUACAUUUCAGUCGCCCGCAGACGCCUGAGAGCAAGAGCUCUGCUCCUGACCUGCCAAUCUUGGGUUCACCAGCUGCUGCAGUCAUAUGAAUCAGGAGAAACUUCCAACCUGACCCAUGGACUUGGAACAUUCCAACCUCUACAACCACGUGAGCCAUUUCCUUGAUAUAAAUCUCUUUCUUUAUAUAUUUGUACACUUUACUAGUUUUGCUUCUCUAGAGAACCCAGCCUAAGACAAUAUGUGUUCUAUAAUCAGUGGCAACUUCUAAUUGGCAACACUUGUGACUUUCAGUUGAAAGUGCCUUUGAGUCAAUGAAAUACAGUAUGUGCGUGUACGGUUUCACAAUAUAAAAUACAUUUCUUACAGUGAAUCAUAGUCUAAAAAGUUUGAAAAACACUAAUCUGUUUGAAAAGCACUACUCCCUGAUGGGAAAAACCCACAAUACGUUAGGAUUCGUUUACAUUUGUAUAUUCCUUAAAGUAAAAAUUUUUCUUAAAAACUUAAAAAAAAUUUUUUUUAUUGAUCUUUUCCUAUGUUCUAAUUUUAUAGGCAUAAGAGUCUGAUUAAGUGAUGUGGUUAACUGCAAAUUCUUGUUGAGCAUGAAUCUUAGAUCUUCUGACAUCACAAUACCUUUCUGCCACUUUCAGUGUUUUUUUUCCUGUCUAAGGACCAGAUGUCCUCCACUGAAUAAAAAGUUUCUCCAUCCCACCAAAACAAUCUAGGGUAGAAGUCUGUUUCUCUUGGUUUAAGGUUCAAUCCCCACUUCCACCCUUUGUAGGUGCCUUUUUCAUGUUAAACAUUUAUGGAGUUACCAGGCUUAAUUAGCUAUAAUACCGCUCAGUCUGAUUUAAGUGUUACUGCAGAAUUUAGAGACUGUAGAGACUUUAAAACCAAAAACCAAACCAUUGCCAUCGAGUCGACUCCGAGUAAAACUGCCCCAUAGGGUUUCCAAGGAGCGGCUGAUAGAUUUGAACUGCCAACUUUUUGGUUAGCAGCCAAGCUAUAACCAUUAUGCCACCAGGGCUCCGAAGAGACUUUAGAGGAUCUGAAUUUUACUUUGAAUAGCACCCUCUGCAGAUUUAAAAUAUUCUCCAUAUACUUGAAGAUAAUGAUAAUUGCUUAGUGUUCAUCAGGAGUACCUGGGUAAUGCAAACAGUUAACACGCUCAGCUGCAUGAAAGGUUGGAGGUUUGAGUCCACCCAGAGGCACCUUGAAUGAAAGGCCUUGUGACGUACUUCUGAAAAACAGCCAUUGAGAAUCCUGAGCACAGUACUGCUCUGACACACAGAGGGUCACCAUGAGUUAAAGACAACUAGACAGUAACUAGUAGUGUUCAGUAAGUUAAACAACUAUUUUUUAAUCUAGUAAAAAUCCAGCCUAGUAACUACUUUUAGUCUUUAAUUAUGUUUGUUGCUCUUCGAAUUCCUUUUAGAGUUUUUCUGCACUCUUUUUAAAGCCUGAACAACCCAAAUUUAAAACAACACAUUAGUAUACAUAAAAGGAAUACUACCUAAAUUUAAAAGGAAACAUUUCCAAAAUAUACUGUAUUUAAUACAAGCCCAGACUGUGUGUGCAUUUUUCUCCCAAGCAAUGAAAGGAAACUUCUUAUGUUUUCUGUAUUUCCAAUUCCACAAGGAACAACCCAUCAAGAAGCGUAGUUUACCUCAAACUUCAAAGCCAGGCGUUAAACCUUUGAACAAAAACAUCCAUAAGCAGAAGGAUAUAAAAUAAUGGGCAAUUGAGUUCCCAGAGAUGCUUCUCUAACCUCAGAAUACACUCAGCCACGAGGAAGUGAUCUGUUACCCAGUUAACCCUAACUGAAUAAAAAAUACCUCAUUAAAAAAAAAAUUUUUUUAUUUUAUUGUGCUUUAAGUGAAAGUUUACAAAUCAAGUCAGUUUCUCAUACAAAAACUUACACAUGCAUUGUUAUGUGACCCUAGUUUCUCUCCCUACAAUGUGACAACACAUUCCUCUCUACCCUGUAUUUCCCAUGUCCAUUCAACCAGCUUCUUUCCCUCUCUACCUUUUCACCUGGCCUCUGGACAGGAGCCGCCCACAUAGUCUUAUGUGUCUACUUGAGCUAAGAAGCACACUCCUCACCAGUAUUAUUUUAUGUCUAUAGUCCAGUCUGAUCUUUGUCUGAAGAAUUGGCUUCAGGAAUGGUUUUAGUUUUAGGCUAACAGAGAGUUGGGGGCCAUGACUUCUGGGGUCCCUCCAGUCUGAGUCAGACCAUUGAGUCUGGUCUUUUUACUAAAAUUUGAGGUCUGUAUCCCCCUUUUCUCUUGCUCCAUCAGGGACUCUGUGUUGUGUUCCCUGUCAGGGCACUCAUUGGUGGUAGCCAGCUACCAUCUAGUUCUUCUAGUCUCAGGCUAAAGUAGUCUUUGGUUUAUGUGGUCCUUUCUGUCUCUUGGUCUCAUAUUUUCCUUGUGUCUUUGGUAUUCCUCUUUCUCCUUUGCUCCAGGUGAGUUGAGACCAAUUGAUACAUCUUAGAUGGCCGCUUGCUAGCUUUUAAUAUGCCAGACGCCACUCACCAAAGAAAAACACCUCAUUUUUUGCUAGGCAUUUACUGAGUUGCUGACUCUACAGAAACCCAUAGGAGGCCCAAAGGAGAAGUCCAAAGUAUCCAUCCAGAAGAUAUGACAACAGCUAAAGUGAGGGGCUGUGGGUCAAGGCUAGAUUAGAACAAUCCUUUGUUGCACUGAUAUAGCUGCACCCCUUAUGCCUAUAUGGUUGGCUAUAACCCAGGCCUCAUAAAAUGUUGCAGAUCUAGGCUAAAUGCAUCAGUUUAAGAAACCAGAGCCCAAAGGGGUGACUUAUCUCUUAUGUCACAUUAGUAGAAACACAUUCUAGAUUAAGGGACCACCUUUACCAGAAGGCUAAGAGAAUCACUUCCUCAGCUUGGUUGGCUCCAGACAACGUUGGAAUGCAAACUCAAAUUGCUUACAUGGCAACCCUACCAUUUAUCACAGCACCAACUAGGAUAGUCCCUCAGUCAUAUGACUUCACUGAAAAUUUAACCAAGUAGAAUAUUUUACAUUUUUUCUUUUGACCUCAGCCAUCUGGCAUUUAAUCUCUGGAAACCACACUUGCAGGACCACACCACACUAUCAUCUGUCAGUUUCUGUUGCCACUUCCUCUCAGAAUAAGCAAAAUUGCCUACUUUUGACUUAUGUCUAUUUUUAAAUCUAUUCUGCUUUAUACAAGCAAUAGCUCACUCUUUAGACAAUGUCUCAAAAGAGGUGUGUUAAAGGAAAUAUUCAAACUGCAUAUGUUGUUGUUUUAAUCUGUUCUGAGCUGACUUUAAAUGUAAAGUGUGACCAAAAAAAAAAGUCAAAAUUACCUGAACUCAGGGAAGCCAUAAUGGUUAAAAUAGACAAUUUGAGAUCCUAGUACAAAGAUUUUACUCUCAUCCUGAUUUUAUUGACUCUUAGGUGGCAAAAAAAAUUUAUUGUAGUAUGCUCAAAAAGGGAAAGUAAACUUCACCUUGCUUUCACCAUCUUAUAAAAUUUUCAUCAUGAUAGCCUAGUGACUAAAAUAGUGAAAUAUGACCUAGGUUAUUUUUAGGCAAAUUUGCAGUUGAUUGAACCAUCCUAAUCAAAGAAUAGAUCUCUGGUGCAGUAAAACAGGUCUCUGUCUUUGGACAUAGUUUGUUGACACAGAAACAUAAAUACCAGAUUUGUAAAUGACAAAGCCCAGAUUUUUACUCUGCCUGCUAGAUAUCAGACUCAAGAUUCAAAAUUAUCUCAAAAGGCGAUGCAAUAUAGGAGAGAUAAAUGUGAACUCCCAACAUUUGGGUUUUUUAAAUCAACCAUACUGUGGUGUCCUGAAUUGGAUUAUGGAACAGAAAAAUAGCGUUAACAGAAAACUUGGCAAAAUCUGAAUAAAGCCUGGAGAUUAAUAGUAAUGUACCAAUAUUGGCUUCUUAGUUUUGAUGAAGGUACCGCAGUAAUGUAAGAUAAUAAAAUUUGGAGAGACAGAAACUGGGUGAGAGGUAAGUAGGAAUGCUACACUAUUUUUGGAACGUUUCUGUAAAUCUGAAAUUACUCCAAAAUAAAAAGUUUGUUUUUUUUUUAAAAAAUUAACCAUACAAAUGUAGUUUAAAGGAGAUCUUCUAUGUGAAAAAAAUCACAAAUAUAAUUUGUGAAAAAAAAUUUUUAUUGACCAUAAUUUAGGAGCACAAUGGAAUUACAGCAACUGUGAUCUUCCAUGCAAGUCUGGAAGACUGCAAUAAUAAAAGCUCCUUUUUACUAAGGGCUUAUAGUAGGCCAGGUACUGGGUUAAAGAUGUUAUGUAUACUAAUUAAUUUCAUCCUUACAACAAUCUCAAGAGAUAGUAUUAUACCCAUUAGACAGAUGAAGAAAAGGACAGUUUUUCCCCUCUUUACAGCUCUGAUCAUCUAGUCUAAAUGCAUCAGUUUAAGAAACUAGAGCCCAAAGGAGAUGACUUAUCUCUUAUGUCACAUUAAUAGAAGCACACUCUAGAUUAAAGGACCAGUCUUUUAUCUACCACUGGUAGAACAUAAUUUUGGUGAACAUACUUGUCAUAGGCUGGGUUCUCCAGAGAAGCAAACCAGUGAAACAUAUAAAUACAUAUAGAGAGAGAUUUACAUCAGGGAAAUGGCUCACAUGGUUAGAGAGGCUGGAAAGUCCCAAGACUGGAUCAGGCUUCUCCUGAUUCAAAUAGCUGCAGGGGCUGGUGAAACCAAGAUAGGCAGGUUUCAGACAGCAGGCCUGUGGCUCACAGGCUGAAGAGGCUGAAGAUUCCAAGAUCAGCAGGUAAGCUGCUAGCUCAAGUCCCAAGAACCACAGAUUAGAUGAACAGGAACCAGCUGCAGAAUCCAGAGCAAGCAAAAGCCAAUGAGCUUUGCCAGAAAGUCCACCUAUAUUAGAUGCCAGCCAUAUCCCCAAGAAAACUCGCUUUCAACUAUUGGCUGCUCAUAACAGAUCUCAUCAUGGAGGUGAUCACAUUAUAUCAGAUCUUAUUAUGGAGGUGAUUACAUCAUUAUAUAGCUGCGAAAUUACAUCAUAACUGCCAAACCACUGAGAAUCGUGGCCCAGCCAAGUUGACACACAAUCCUAACCAUCACAGUCCACCCCUUGUCAGCUUGGCACCCAUACAUGUCUAAAUAAAGACAAUUAUAAAGUCAUACUUCCACCUAACAUGAUACAACUAACAUGCGUACAACUGAAAAUGCACUAGCCCUGUUUACAUUUUAUAUUUUAUAAGUGAAGGAAACAAAAAUAUUUGAUGCACACAUACAAGGAAGAAGAGAUACUCAUAGCAAUUACAGUCAUUUCUGCAAUUGGUCACGUGGUCAUAGCUGGUAUUUAGAACUACCUUCUUCCACCACCUGUUCCAUAUUCCCUUUAUCCUCAGCAAGCAUCUCAGCUGGCUGUGGUUCCUUGCCUGUGGGGUGAACCAAACCUUCAUUCCUGAGGAGUCUGGGCCAUUAGUAGUCUUGUCAGAAUUGGGUUCCUGUAGUUUUCCAUAGACUUUAAUCACAGGGCAUGGUAGUGUUAAGAGAUGCCCUAAGGGAUCUCCUGUAUUCCAGACAUGAUCUUCUUCACCUCCAUUAUGCAACACCAACACAAUUUCCCCUUGGUUGUCAGGAUCAAUCACACCAGCUAGUACAGUAACUCCCUUCCUUGCCUGUUGACCCAGAGGCAUGAGGAACCCAAAGUGACCAGGCGGCAUCCUUAACUUCCAAUUCAAUAGAAUCAGUGUUGUGUCUCCUGAUGGGAGCAUUUCUCUCUUUGGAACUAAGGCAUCUAGACUACAGAGCAUAGGAUCACGGGGACAGGAAGCAAAAAUUAUAUGAGUGGAUCACUAGGGGUAAUAGUGAGUGAUGCCACUCUCAUUUCCACCCCUUGAUUCAUGGGUCCAUGAAUCUUGGCUAUGGAGGAAAUAGUACCAUAUAUUGGAUGCUGGUUUAGAGCAUAUACAGCCUUCUGGAGAACAUUGCCCCAACCCUACAAGGUAUUGCCACCUAUCUGGUGCCAUAAUUAUAUCUUUAGAAAGCCAUUCCAUUGUUCUAUUAAGCCAGCUGUUUCAGGAUGAUGGGGAACAUGGUAAGACAAGUGAAUUCCAUGAGCAUAGGCCUAUUGCCACACUUCAUUUCCUGUGAAGUGAAUCUCUUGAUCAGAGGCGAUGCUGUGUGGGAUUCUGUCUUAGUUAUCUACUGCUGCUAUAAUAGAAAUACCACAAGUGGAUGGCUUUAACAAAGAGAAAUUUAUUCUCUCCCAGUCCAGGAGGACUAGAAGUCUGAAUUCAGGGUACAAACUCCAGGGGAAGGCUUUCUCUCUCUGUUAGCUCUAGGAGAGAGUCCUUGUCGUCAAUCUUGCCCUGGUCUUGGAGCUUCUCGGCACGGGGACCCUGGGUCCAAAGGACAAGCUCCACUCCUGAUUCUUCAUUUUUGGUGGUAGGAGGUCCCCUCAUGUCUCUGCUCACUUCUUUCUCUUAAUACCUCAAAAGAGAUUGACUCAAGAUACAACCUAAUCUUGUAUUUUUGAGUCCUGCCUGAUUAACAUAACUGCCUCUAAUCUUUCCUCAUUAACAUCAUAGAGGUAAGGAUUUACAACACAUAGGAUAAAACAUCAGAUCACAAAAUGGUGGACAACCACAUAAUACCGGGAAUCACGGCCUAGCCAAGUUGAUAAAAAUUUUGGGGGGAAUACAAUUCAAUUCAUAACAGAUAGCAUGACAAUGGAUAAAGCAUUCUGUAAGUCCAUGGAUGGUAGUUUUCACAGAAGCAUUGAGUUCAGGGAAGGCAAAUCCAUAUCUAGAGUGUCUAUUCCAAAUCAAAAAACCAAACCUGUUGCCAUCAAAUUUAUUCCAACUCAUAGCAACCCUAUUGGACAGAGUAGAACCGCCCCAUAGGGUUUCCAAGGAGCAGCUGGCGGAUUCGAACUGCCAACCUUUUGGUUAGCAGCCUAACUCUAAACCACUGUGCCACCAGGGCUCUGAGUGCCUAUUCCAGUAAGAACAAAAUGCUGUCCUUUCCAUGAUGGAAAUGGUCCAAUGUAAUCAGCCUGCCACCAGAUUGCUGGCUGAUCACCUUGAGGAAUGGUGUCAUGUGGAGGACUCAGCGUUGGUCUCUGCUGCUGGAAGAUUCGGCACUCCACAGUGGCUGUAGCCAAGUUGGCUUGGUGAGUGGAAAUCCACGUUGGUGAGCCCAUGCAUAACCUCCAUCCCUGUCAUUAUGGCCACUUUGUUCAUGAGCACAUUGGGCAAUGAUGGGCGUGUCUGGGGAAAGAGGAUGACUGAUUUCCACAGAACACAUCAUCCUAUCCACUUGAUUGUUAAAAUCCUUCUCUGCUGAGGUCACCUGUUGGUGAGCAUUCACAUAAGACACAAAUAUCUUCACUUCUUUGGACUAUUCAGAGUGAUCUAUCCACAUACCUCUUUGUCAUACCCCCUUGUCGCCAAUUUUCCAAUCAUGUUUCUUCCAAGUCCCUGACCAUCCAGCCAAACCACUGAGAAUCAUGGUCUAGUCAAGGUGAUACAGAACCGUAACUAUCACAAUACUUUAAAAGCUAUAGACUAUCUUGAAAGGAGAACUGCAUGGGAAGAAUCUAGAAACCAUGUGACCUAAGGCUAAGAAACAGCUGUAGGAACUGAAAGUGUUUAGGUUAGAUAUGACUAAGGGGUAUCAUUUGGUGUCUUCAAUUAGUGUCUCUUAUAAGAAAGAGAAUGCUGUGAUUACACUAAAGAACAGCCUAGGGAUAAUAAUUGGAAGUUACCAGGAGGCAAAUUUAAAUACAGAGUUUUAAAAAUUCAUCCAGCAAUGGAUGACUCAGUAUAAAGUAAGCUUCCCAUACUUAACCUCAGUCCAUCAUCUCUAUAAUAUGGGUAUACCUGCCCCCUCUGAAGGUUGUUGUGAGAAUAAAAUAUCUCCUCCCUCCAAUGGUUGACAUACAAAUCAAGGUAAUCAAACAAGGGCUUCAAUGAAUAACUUAAAAGUUGAGUAAGUUAGAUUAAAAGGCUUUUUAAGUUUUCUUCUCAGAUUUUGUGAUUCUCUGUGAUGGUUAUAAGACUAAAUAAAGCCUUAUAUAUUGUCUUAGUUAUCUAGUGCUGCUAUAACAGAAAUACCAUAAGUGGAUGGCUUUAACAAAGAGAAGUUUAUUUUCUGACAGUAAAUUAGGCUAAAAGUCAGAGUUGAGGGUGUCAGCUCCAGGGGAACGCUUCCUCUCUCUGUCAGCCUUCUUAUCAGUCUUCCCCCAGACUAGGAGCUUCUCUGUGCAGAAACCCCGGGUCCAAAGGACAUGCUCUGCUCCUGGCACUGCUUUCUUGGUGGUGUGAGGUCCCGCUGUCUCUCUGCUUGCUUCUCUCUUAUAUAUCUCAAGAGAUUGCCUCAAGACACAAUCCAAACUUGUAGUUUGAGUCCUGCCUCACUAACAUAACUGCCACCCAUCCUCCCUCAUUAACAUCAUAGAGGCAGGAUUUACAACAUAUAGGAAAAUCACACAAUAUUGGGAAUCAUGGCCCAGCCAAAUUGAUGCACACAUAUUUUGGGGGGACAUAAUUCGAUCCGUGACAUAUAUUCUGAGAUAUCUAAAAUGUAAUAUAUUUUCGUAUUCUCUCAAUAACUCCUACUUAUCCUUGAGGUGUCAGUAUUCCAGACAAAUACCUCAACUGUCCAAUCUAAAUUAUGUCCCCUUUCAUCUUCUCCCCCACCACUCAUCUGUCAUUUUGUCAUACUGUAGAGGCUUAUGUGUUGCUGUGAUGCUGGAAUCUAUGCCACCUGUAUUUCCAAUACCAGCAGGGUCAUCCAUGGUGGACCGGUUUCAGCAGAGCUUCCAGACUAAGACAGACUAGGAAGAAGGACCUGGUGAUCUACUUCUAAAAAAAUUGGCCAGAGAAAACCUUACGAAUAUCAGCAGAACAUUGUCUUAUAUAGUGCUGGAAGAUGAGCUCCCCAGGUUGGAAGACACUCAAAGUACGAGUAGACAUCAGACAUGGAUUGGACUGGACAAUGGGUUGGAGAGAGAUGCUGAUGAGGAGUGAGCUAUUUGUAUCAGGUGGAAACUUGAGACUAUGUUGACAUCUCCUGUCUGGAGGGGAGAUGGGAGGCUAGAGGGGGUUAGAAAGUGGCAAAACGGUCAUGAAAGGAGAGACUGGAAGGAGGGAGCGGGCUGACUCAUUAGGGGGAGAGUAAGUGGGAGUAUGUAGUAAGGUGUAUAUGAGUUUAUAUGUGAGAGACUGACUUGAUUUGUAAACUUUCACUUAAAGCACAAAUAAAAAUUAUUUAAAAAAAUGAGUAGGGAAGUGCUGCCUCCUCAAAGUAGAGUUGACAUUAAUGACGUGGAUGGAGUAAAGCUUUUGGGACUUUGAUUUACUGCUGUGGCAGUACUCAAAAUGAGAAUAGCUGCAAACAUCUAUUAAUACUCAGAGCAUGGAAUGUAAGAAGUAUGACCCUAAGGAAAUGGGAAGUCGUCCAAAAUGUAAUGGAAUGCAUAAAGAUCAAUAUCCUAGGCAUUAGUAAGCUGAAAUGGACUGGUAUUAGCCAUUUUGAAUUGGAAAAUCAUAUGGUCUACUAUGCCAGGAAUGAAAAACUGAAGAGGAAUGGCAUCACAUUCAUCGUCAAAAAGAAUAUGUUAAGAUCUGUCUUGAAGUUCAAUGCUGGAAAUAUGACCUUGGUGACAGAAAGGAUGCUGGAGAUUGAAUGAUAGAAUUUUGCAAAUACCUUUUAUCAAAAACAUAAACAGCGACUGUAGACAUGGACCUCGCUGGAUGGAAUACAAAGGAAUCAAAUCAAUUACAUCUGUGGCAAGAGACAAUAGAGAAGCUCAAUAUCAUCAGUCAGAAGAAUGCCAGGGGUCAACUUUGGAACAGACCAUCAAUUGCUCAUAUGCAAGUUCAAGGCAAAGCUAAAGAAAAUUAAAACAAGUCCACCUUGAGUAUAUCCCACCACCAAAGACCAGAGGAGUUGUGGAAUGACAUCGUACAUGAAGAAAGCAAAAAUUCAUUAAAAAGAUAGGAAAGAAGGAGACCAAAAUGUGUCAGAAGAUACUCUGAAACUUGCUCUUGCUAAACAGAAUGGAAGAAGUGAUGAAGUAAAAGACUUGAAGAGAUUUCAAAGGGAGGUUCCAGAAGACAAAGUGAAGUAUUAUAAUGAAAUAUACAAAGAUCUGGAGUUAGAAAACUGAGAGGGAAGAACACGCUCAGCAUUUCUCGAGCUGAAAAAACUGAAGAAAAAAUUCAGGACUUGAGUUGCAAAAUUCAAGGAUUCUAUGGGCAAAAUAUUGAACAAUGCAGGAAGCAUCAAAAGAAGAUGGAAGGAAUACACAGAGUCACUGUACCAAAAAGAAUUAGUCAAUGUUCACCUGUUUCAGGAGGUGGUACAUGAUCAAGAACCAAUGGUUUUGAAGGAAGAAAUCCAAGCUGCACUGAAGGCAUUGGCAAAAAACAAGGCUCCAGGAAUUGACGGAAUACCAAUUGAGAUGUUUCAACAAACAGAUGCAAUGAUGGAAAUGCUAACUCGUCUAACCCAAGAAAUUUGGAAGACAGCUACCUAGCCAACCAACUGGAAGAGGUCCAUAUUUGUGCCCAUUCCAAAGAAAGGCGAUCCAACAGAAUGCAGAAAUUAAAGAAUAUCAUUAAUAUCACAUGCAAGUAAAAUUUUGCUGAAGAUCAUUCAAAAAUGGUUGCAGCAGCACAUCAACAGGGAACUGCCAGAAAUUAAAGCUGGAUUCAGAAGAAAACAUGGAUCGAGGGAUAUCAUUGUUGAUGUCAGGUGGAUCUUGGCUGAAAGCAGAGAAUACCAGGAAGAUAUUUACCUGUGUUUUAUUGACUAUGCAAAUCAUUUGACUGUGUGGAUCAUACCAAAUUAUGGUUAACAUUGUGAAGACUGGGAAUUCCAGAACAAUUAUGCAGUCAUUCGAACAGAACAAGUAGAUACUUCAUGGUUUAAAAUGAGGAAAAGUGUGCAUCAGGGUUGUAUCCUUUCACCAUACUUAUCCAGUCUGUAUGCUGAGCAAAUAAUUUGAGAAGCUGGACUAUACAAAGAAGAAUGUGGCAUCAGGAUUGGAGCAAGACUCAUUAAUAGCCUUUGAUAUGCAGAUGGCACAGCCUCGCUUGCUGCAAGUAAAAACGACUUGAAGUACUUACUGAUGAAGAUUAAAGACUACAGCCUUCAGUAUGGAUUCCAUCUCGACAGAAAUCUUCAAAACUGGAGCGAUAAGCAACAUCAUGAUAAACAGAGAAAAGAUUGAAGUUGUCAAGGAUUUCUUUUUACUUGGAUCCACAAUCAAUGCCCAUGGAAGCAGCAGUCAAGAAAUCAAAUGACGCAUUGCAUUGGGCGAAUCUGCUGCAAAAGACCUCUUUAAAGUAUUGGGUAGUAAGGAUGUCACUUUGAGGAUUAAGGUGCACCUGACCUAAGCCAUGGUAUUUUCAGCUGCCUCAUAUGCAUGUGAAAGCUGGAUAAUGAAUAAGGGAGUCAGAAUAAUUGACAUCUUUGAAUUAUAGUGUUGGCAAAGUAUUGGAUAUACCAUUUUGGUUCGAUGGAUCACUUUUGUGUGGUCUUUUGCACCAUGAUCUUCUAACUCCCACCCAAGGUGGGACUGUGCAAAUAAGGUUAAUUGUGGCUCAUCGAGGGUAUUGGUCAAUUUUGCCUUAAAAUAGAUGUGGGAUUCCUGUGCUGGGAAGCUCCAGGAACCAGGAGAGAGAGAGACAGAGAGAGCGAGUUGUAACCCUGAAGAGCAUGAGAAGCAACAGCAGAAGAGACCAUGAAGUGGUCGAGAAAGCUGAGUGCCUGGGAUGCCUCUGGGGACUUAUUGGCAGGACUAAAAGAACUUCUUAACACUUGCCUGAGUAGGGCAGAGGCCUAGGGCCAGAAGGGGGUGGGGGGCGGUAUGCCUGUGAGCACUGCUGAAAAGAGGCUGUCCUGAUGGAAGAACUGUAUACUUAGUGCUCCUCAGCUUGAAUUGUAACGUGUUACUUUGCUAAUAAAUCCCAUAAUCAUGAGUAUUAUCUGUGAGUUCCGUGUGGCCAUUGUAACGAAUUAUGGAACCCAGCAAAGAGAGAGUACUAUGGGAGGGACAGUUUGUGUCAGAAUUGGUAAAGAUGGCGGAGAGAGGAGGCAUGUCUGAUCUCCACCUCACAGCAAUCAGCCUUGGGCUGUUGAUCUUGAUUCUCCUCCCUUGUGAAAAGAGGGGAGGUCAGCCUCCACCCCCAUGCCAUUUUCACAACCAUGGACUGCCAGAAGAAUGAAAAAAUUUGUCUUGGAGGAAGUACAGCCAGAAUGCUCCUUAGAAGUGAGAAUGGCGAGACUUUGUCUCACAUACUUUGGACGUGUUAUCAGAAGGUACCAGUCCCUGGAGAAGGAUCUCAUACUUGGUAAAGUAGAGGGUCAGUGAAAAAGUGGAAGACCCUCAACAAGAUGGAUUGACACAGUGGCUACAACAAGGGGCUUGUUCUUUUCCUUCAUGACAUCAUCACAAUUUGGAAUUAUCUACUUGUAUUUAUUCAAUAUCUAUCUCCUCCACUAGACUAAAAACUCAAAGGCAAGAACUGUGUCCACAAUUGUGUUUACAACUCUAUCUCCAGUGCCAAGAAUAGUGCCUGGCACAUAGCAGGCACAGUACUUUUUUUUGAGCAAAUUAGUUUUUCACUGUCCUAUAGCAUCCCAAUGUAACACGCAUUUAGUCAAAUUAUUUUUCUUACUUAAAAAAUUAAUCUCUCACCACAAUAAUUUUUUUUUUAAUUAUAAAACCACCACAACCCUACGAAGGGUUGUUUUAAAAGCUUUGCAUAUCUCAGGCUCUUGUGAUUUGGGGGAACAUAAUUUACUCCCUUCAAACAUAUUCAAGUGCACCCAGCAUCCUAUAUUCAAUUGUUUUUGUUUAAAUGUUCUAAUUUUUAUAAUUUAAAAAAAGUUAUCCAAAAAAAAAAAUCUGAUUAGUAAAAAAUUUAGCCACUUUGGAACACAGUUUGGCAGUUUCUUAUAAAAGCAUACAUACACUUAACAUACAACCCAGCAAUCCCACUCCUAGGUAUUUACACAAGUAACAUGAAAAGUUAUAGCCACACACAAACCACACGUGAUGUUUAUAUCCUCUUUAUUAGUAAUCCCCCCACACUGAACUGAAAACCACCAAAUGUCCCUCAGUGAAAUGGAUAAACUAUUGCAUAUCUGCUAAAAGGGAACACAUUACUGAUACAUACAACAUGGAUGAAUCUCAAAAUGCAUCAUGUUAAGUGAAAGGAGCCAGACUCAACAGCUAUAUACUGCGUAAGUCUAUGUAUACGACAUUCGGGCAAAAGCUAAAUUAUAGGGACAUAAAAUAGAUCAGUAGUUAACAUGAGUAGAGGGGUUGAUUACAAAGGGGCACAGUGAAAUUUUGGGGGCGAUGGAACAGUUCUAUAUCUUGAUUAUAGUGGACUACAUACAUUUGUCAAAACUUGCAGAACUAUAUGCUUUAAAAGGGUGAAUUUCAUUGUGCACAAAUACCUUAUAAUUAAAAAAUAGGAAUAAUUUAAUCUCUUGCUUACUUAGCAGAGUAAGUUUUCUAAUAUUUGCUUACUUAGGAUAUAAUUUUAAGUUGCCGUCGAGUUAAUUAAUUCCAACUCAUGGAGACCCCAUGUGUGCAGAGUAGAAUUGCUCCAUAGGGUUUUCGAGGCUGUGGCCUUUUGGAAGCAGACCAGCAGGCCUAUUUUCCAAGGCGCCUCUGGGUGGGUUCAAACCGCUAGUAGUUGAGUGCUUAACUGUUUGUGCCACCCCAGGACUCUAGGCUAUUAUUAUGGCAACAGUAAUUUAACAUUAAUUUUGUGUUGUCGUGAUGUCUCUCCCGUAGGGACCACAAACUGAACUUUUAAACUGUUAGAGAUCCAUGGGCCUGCUACACACUGUCCAAGGUAAAUGACAAUCUUCUCUCUACUCAUUUCACAUAUAACCUCUGCUAGUCGUGUCCACCAGGCACUCCUUGGAAACUCUGGGGGGCAGUUCUACUCUGUCCUAUAGGGUUGCUAGGAGUCGGAAUCGAGUUUGAAGGCACUGGGUUUGGUUUUUUUUGUUUUGGUCGUGUCUGGACUACAGUAUAACCCUCUAUUUAGAAAACAAAGAACAAAAUCAUAUGGCCCCUCAGGAAUUUCCAUUGAACGGAAGGUCAGCAACUUUUCAGGAGCCAUGUGCCAAAGUUUCCUAACAAAGUUAACAACUUUUCCUCUUCCAAAUAACUAGAUAAGCAAGCAAAAUGUAAGAGUUAUGCUUCAAUUCUAGUUUUAACUGGAUACGGAAGUUCCCAGAGACUGGCAAAUAAUGAAGGUGACUGAUGCCACCUAGGCAAUGCUGGGUAAGAAAAACCUAUGGAUUUGGAAACGAAGUAGAACAGUGAAAGUUAUGGAAAAGAAAACAAGGUCAGAAAAUCUUUCAGGAAAAUGAGUUUACCAGUCAUCUGACAUGGGUCAAGCAAGUAACCAAGCACUAGUUAACACUUCUGAUACAAUAACUGUACACCAGUCAAUUUUUAUGCCUCUGAACCUCAUAGGUAGCAUGUUUGUUAUUCAAGCUCUAAUGCGUUUUAUCAUCAGGUGGGUCCCUUUUGGAAUGCGUGAAGCUCAGCUGACUGGAGUUGGAGCCUCCUUGUUGUAUAGAUUGAGCGUUCUAUUAGGUGAUGCUUCCUGGAUGGGUUAGUUUUGUUAACUUUUGCCUUUUUCCACUUUAUUUCUGUGAGAUAAGACUUUCAAGCAUGAUUAUGGCUUUCAUACAAAAUAGUUGUGGAGCCUUGGUGGUGCAGUGGUUAAGAGCUAUGGCUGCUAACCAAGAGGUUGACAGUUUGAGUCCACCAGCCUCUCCUUGGAAACCCUAUGGGACGGUUCUACCCUAUCCUAUAGGGCCACUCUGAGUUGAAACUGACUUGAUGGCCACAGGUUUUUGUUUUUAAUGUGAGAAUUGAAGCCCUGCUGACACAGUGGUUAUGAGCUGGCUGCUAACCAUAAGGUCAACUGUUCAAAUCCACCAGCGGCUCCUUGGAAACCCUAUGGGGCAGUUCUGUUUUAUAGGGUUGCUGAAAGUGGAAAUCAAUUUGACAGCAACAAGUUUCGUGGUUUGGAUGUUAGGGAGCCCUGAUGGGUUUGUUUUGGUUUUUGUAUCUCAUCUUUGGGGAACCAGGGGCUUCCCAUGUAACCUAAUGGAAAGGUGCUUGCAAUAAACUAGUUCUUAUUGGUAUACUGGCAUACAACAGAUUGGUGGUGCCACAGUGAGUCACCUUAUUGGUGGCUUGUAUUACCAGAUCAUAUUUCAAAAUCCUUAAAUCGUAUGAAAAAUUCUGAAUUGGUCUUUGAAUCAGCAUCCCAUAACUAGUGAAAACACCCAUCAAAAAAAUAACUGAAGGGUUAAAUGACAAUUGAGGUAAUUCUAAUAUUUACUCUGGAAAUCAACUUCAAAGUAUCUUGUUUUUAAUCAAUUUAGAAACAAUAAAAUCAGAGUCAGCAAACUCAUGUUAGUAGGGCAAAAAUACUAUUUUAUUCUUAAAUUUAUAAACUCAUCUAUUGUUUUGAACUACCAGUAGGUGGCGCCAGACAACUAUCUUCACAAGUACAUCCGGUUCUUUAGAGGAAGUGACUAGCAUGCAACUAAACUGAACCUUUAGGUUGGUCUGCGCUAUUUCCUUGGAAACUCUACAGGGCAGUUCUAUUCUGUCCUAUAGAGUCGCUAUGAGUCGGAAUCGACUCAACGGCAGUGGGUUUUGGAUUUGCUAUUUCCUACUCUUCCACUGGUGGUAGAAAUUCACUAGUUGGGGCGGGGAGAGAGACAAUGUUUUUCUCUCUUGCCUUGGACAAGUUGUGUUGGCUUACCCUUCACCAAAGUUACCACUUGGGACAAUACAAUUAAGUCCUACAGCUGUGUCCCAAAUUUUAUACCAGUUACCACUUAGGAUCUGGAGCCCUGGUGAUGUAGUGGUUAAGAGGUAAGGGGAUGGUUCAGACCCAGUCAGCAUUUCAUUGCACAUGGGGUCACUGGGAGUCAAGGAGCAACUUGAUGACAUCUUAAUACCUUUCCCCUACCAAGAAAAAGUAACAGUAUCCAUGCAAAUUAGCUCAUGGAGUUGCAGUUUAUGGUCAGGCUCAUGUAAUACCCAUUGAUGCCUUGGGUAGCACUGUUUUUCACCCAGUUCAGGUUUUUUUUGUGAGGUUCACAAAUCAGGUCAGUCUCUUAAAAACUUACAUACACCUUGCUAUGUAUUCCUAGCUGCUCCCAGUUCCAAGUUUUUAUCUAACAUUUACUGCUAGCUGUUUCAACUACAUGAUCACCUUAAUUUACAACACAAUUUUAUGAUCUUUGUAUCCUAAGUACCUUUGAAUUGACAAAACAUGAAUGCUAUGUCAUAAAGCCUUGUUUUUUUAAAAUUCCCUCAAUUUCAUUUAUAUUCCAGUCUGUCUUACAGAAUACCUCUGUACAACUUUACCAAACUAUUUCAGCUGGCUAACAAAAUUCCACUGGAAAUACUUAAAUGUGUAUUAUCGGAAUAGGCUUAGCAACUAUCAAAGAACAAUGACUUUAAAUGUCACUGACACUCCAGUUAACAAAUUACCUAAACUGGCCUACAUUACCAGUUUACUUGUUGGUAACAAAGUCCUAAUCAGCACAUAACAUCCAAGUUCCCCUAAUUCCCAAAUUAGCCUGAGGUACAAGGGCCAAAUCACAUAUUCUCAAAUUUACCUACUUUCCAUUUUUAAUUGGUGCCUUUCCUUGUGGGGGAUACUUUGCUUUGUACCUGUGGUUCCAAUGCAAAGUUUUCAAAAAGUACUUGGUAGAACUUGGGGUAAUCAAUAUUAUCUAUCCCAUCCCAAAUUCCCUUCAGUUAGGGCACUUUACCUCUUCAAAUUUAGAAUUUAAUCUCCAGUCACUACCAAUCAGCCCACCCUGCUCUUUAAUCCUUAUGUUAAGUGGGGUUGAAAUGACAACAUUCAACUUCUAUUAUCUUUCAUCUUUAUUUUUCCCAGAACCUAGAUACAAUUGUCUUAGAAGCCGUGCACUCAAUACUUAAAUCUCAUUUUAGAUUCUAACUACUGCUUAUUUAUGUUAAGAAUGCACAUUUGAAAAAAUGGGAAACCAAUGAGAUAACAAACUCAGUAAUACUACACAAAACUAAAUUCUUUAUGUAAUACAGAACUUAGCCUUCUUACAAGGCAGCUUAUAUAUAGACAUUAAUACUUCUGCUUUUCUUUCCUAAAAUAAUCAUUGUAACCAACCAACCCUACUCCAGGUGGCCUUUCCACCAAGUCCUUAAGGACCCCUCCCCGCCGUUAGAAAUGCGAAAAACCACUGAAUUGCUGCACUUCAGUUAACCCUGCAUGUUUCAGCAAACACCAGAAUCAAAAAGUUUCAGUGCUGACCAAAAAAGACACGGGUUUCUCAUUAAACUUUGUUUUAAUGGGUCUCAAAAUUCUGUGACAGAUUUUUGGUCAAGUUGUUUCCAUUUAAAAAGUACUGAUUUUAAAAACUAAUAACUUAAAACUGUCACACAAAAAAGGAAA